ACCACUGAAUCAAAUAGAUCUCAGAAACAUGCAUAAGCCAACCUCCUAAGAACUUCUUGUGCCACUAAUUGAACUAAUGCAUUCUCAGAACUCAAAAUUACUAAAGGAAAAACUCAGUGACAAAAAAAAGGGUCAACAAAAGUGCUCUCCAGAAUCACCCAUCAGUUUUCAUGCACGCAAUAAAUUUUACCAUAUAAACCCAAAUUUGGCUGUAUGUUACUACCUUAUCAGUUUUUUUUUUUCCCUAUAUUAGCUUCGCUACAAAAAUAUGUAACAAACUUUCAUUUUCUUUUCUCAUCUUCUUUGUGGCCUAUCUCUCUUCCUUGGAUCAUGACAAUGGAGGUCAAGAUGGUAUCCAGAGAGUGCAUCAAACCCUCUUCACCUUCACCUCAUCACCCAAAAACCCACAAAAUGUCUCUCCUCGACCAGUUCAUUUCUCCCAUCUAUUUCCAUGCUAUACUCUACUACCCAGCGGACCAAGACACAGUCUUGAACCUUGAUUUCAUCUCUAACAGAUCUCAUGUCCUCAAGCAGUCCCUAUCAGAUGCAAUAAAUCUCUAUUACCCACUUGCAGGGAAGAUCAAAGAUGAUCUCUCUAUUGAUUGCAACGAUGAGGGGGUCUGUUACAAAGUUGCUGAAGUUAACAGUACUUCUUUAUCCGACUAUCUCAGUCAACCAGAUCUCACCCAGAUCACUAAGUUCGUUCCAGAUGUGAUUGCUGAAAAUAAAGUAAUUACUUCAGGAGAUCAUGUUGCCAUGAUACAAGAAUCCAGAUUUGCAUGUGGUGGCAUCACUGUACGGGUGGUUAUUUCACACACUGUGUUUGAUGGAACUUCGAUGAGUGUGUUUCUUAGAACUUGGGCAGCCAUGGCAAACAAGUCUAGUGAUCAUCCACAAGUUGUAAUUAGUCCCAACUUCAAUGCCUCCUUCAGCUUUCCACCUGUUGAUGCAUUCCCAAAGGAAGCAUUGUUACUCCCCAUAUUAGGCCAAUUUUUCAAACAAGGCAAGUGCGCUCUUAGGAGGUUUGUGUUUGAUGCAUCUGCAAUAGCUCGACUCAAGGCCAUGGCAACCAGCUCCGGUGUGAAAAACCCGUCGCGAGUAGAGGUUGUGAGUGCCCUCCUCUGCAAAAGCACCAUGAAGGCAAAAGCUGGCAUUCGGAGGUCAAUCUUGAUCACACAUCCGGUGAACAUGCGUCGAAGGGCUGUCCCAGCAAUCUCAGAGUCGGUAGUUGGAAAUAUUGUUUGGCUUGCAGCUGCUGCGGUGUUCGCAGACGAGGACUUGGAGUGGAGUAGUUUACUGGGAAAAAUAAGGGAAGCAAUAUUGAAAAUAGACAUCGAUCUUGUGAAGAGUCUACAAGAGGGUGGUGAAAACUUGUUUAAGCUUGUAAAUGAGAUAGGUGGAGCAGCUGCUGCUGGAUUUGAAGCUGUUAUAUUUGGCUGUUGGUGUAAUUUUGGUCUCUACAAAGUUGAUUUUGGAUGGGGAAACCCUUGGUGGGUAACUAAUCUUCCAGGUUAUGAGUUAGCCAAAUCAGGAUACACGACUAUGCACUCUCUUAUGGACACAAGAAACAAUGGAGUAGAAGCAUGGGCGUAUAUGGAUGAAGAAGAAAUGUCUGUACUAGAAAAUGAUAGGGAGCUCCUUGAUUUUGCUUCUGUGGAUCCAAGUCCUUUGAGUCAAGCAAAUUGUGAUCCUCAUCCGUUAAAGAUGACCUUAUUAUAGGGAUCAUCUACUCUGUAGGGAUGCUUCAAGUGGUUUGCUAAAUAAAAUUGAGAACAAAUUACAAA